CACGCUGUAAAAUCUGGUCCGCCAUCGAUAUCGGCCGACGUCAACGAAAGACGGAACACGAAACACGCCAAAGGGUCAUCGCCAUCUAUCCGAUGAGCGAUGCCCGCUCCUCAGGCCGCUCGACAGCGUCUUGUGUCACACCACCGGCAGCUGCCUUCCUCCUCUUUCUCAUGAACCUCUGAUGCUGUGGGAGGUCACUGAUGGCCGCCACGUGGUACUCGUGCGGCCAGUGCGUGAGCGUCGUCCCCUCAGCCACAGCGCGGCGACGCUGCGCAAGCACCUGCAGCCACCAUGUCAUCAGACACAGACACUGCAAAGGUGCCGUGAUGGCGGCGUCAGCCAGCCACGGACCUGCGGCGUCGCCCUGCUCUUGGCCGUCAUGCAUACGUAUGCCACCGCACGCAGCAGCCGAUCUGUCGGGGAGGUCGGCUCCUUCAAUGCGGGCGUAUUGCAGUGAACCGUCCUGACACACACACCGCCCCCAUUCCCCACCCCGUAUUAACAUGUGUGUGUGUGCGCCUCUAUCCUCGCGGACUUGUGUGUGUGUUUACUUACCGAGAGUCCCACAAGACCAGGUCGCCAGCCUGACAGCUGACGAGACGCGGCGGGAGGGGGCGGGGGAGUGAGUCGUCCAACAGAGAGGAGGACGACGGAUUGCCAUUCGCCACAGAACGGAUGAGCGGAUCAGAUGGAGGGAUAGGAAGAAAAUCGCCCGUAAGCAGACUGACACAGACAGAACAAAAGGAAGGGCAACAAAUCAAUCACCGACACUCCUGGUGCGCAGCGCACAAUGUGUGUGGUAUUUUCUCAUAUAUGUGGGUAUGUCCUGACUGACCCGAUGGCGCCGGCCCGUUGGCUGAGGUGGCGAUGGUGAUUGUGGGAGCGGGGGAUGACACACAAACCUCCCGUUGUCGCAUCGCUCGCGUACAGUGACACGAAACCCUGAAAGACACAAACAAAAGGCAGGCCACACACAACACAACACAAGACACAUGUCUGUCUGCCCUGAUCCCUGAUGCAUUCAUUGACCGGUGUGUAUGUGUGUGUGGAUAUCCUAUCCCCCAGCUGAUCUGACCUGCACACACUCGAAGCCCGGCUUCUUCCGGGCGUCCUGGUCGAUGUGCCACCAGCCCCCUUUGGUCUUCCAGUGCCCUGCACCCUCCCUGUGCCACGGCCGAUACAGACCCAGCCCAUCAAAUGACGUCAGCAACUCGCCGCCUUCGACGCCCCAAACGCUCUGGAAGGCCUUUUGCGUGAGGUGGUGUGUGCGGACGGCCCACAUGACCUCCGAGUGGCCCACAGCCAUCGAGUGGAUAGCACCGGUGGCGAGGUCGCCAAGCCAACCGAUGUCGUCCCAUGUGGAUGGAUCAUGCCUGCAAGAAAAGGAUGGAUGGCAGACACGGCACAUGAAUGGGAUGCAUUUUUCCAUCUAUCUAUCUCAAUGCACGUGACCUGCUGUUAGCUGACUGACCUGGUCAGGUUUUGGUUGGUGCUCUCGAGCCAAUCCCAAACGCCCUCACGGCACCUCUCCAGCAUCGCUGCAUCCAUCACGUCCCCGAUGACGCAGUAGCCCUCCUGCCUCAAGUAACCCAUUGCCUCACCCAUCUGCCGCUCGUCCAGCACAGAAAACCGCUUGAUUGCCGGACACUCCAGCUGCAAUGGACCAUUGCCGCCCUCUCCCUCCCCCUCUCCCCAGAAGACCCGCCGCACACAGCGCGAGAUGUCGGUCUCGCAUUGCUUCUUCGUGGCCUCGUCGAAGGUGAGGCACUGCCGCAUGAACAGGGGGCCCGCGUGAAGCGCCAGACCGGCCAGAUCCCACAGGGACACGUUGGGACGCGAGAGAGGACGACGAUGGGCAGCGGUGGGCUGAUGCUGUGCGACGCUCACUUUCAUUGCCUUCACAGCAGGAGGGGGACGAAGGCGGCGCUGACAGAGUGGCCGAGCAUGUUGAUCACCAGAGAUAGAACUGCUUCUUCUUUACAGAUCCCACGAGCAGCAUUGGCUUCGGUUUGGCAGAUCUUCCAUCCAAGCACAUCAACGAGUGUCAGCUGCCGUCUGCUGAGCUUUUUAGAGCCUGUAAGGCACCAAUUGCGCAGUCGGUGUGCGAUCAGCUUCCCGGUGCCCCUUUUUGCAUUUCGCAAUUUUGGCGAUGUUUCUUAAACAGAGUAUGCUGGUAGCCACAGAGAGCAGCGCCUCCCGCGACAAAAUCGCAAACGAAUUUGCCAGGUUCGAGAAAAAGAGGAAUUCGAUCCUCACUCGAUCACCCCGUUUCUCGCAAAAGUGGCACAUUCGUUUAGCGAUUUUGUCACAUAGGUCGCUUCCCUUUG